AUGAAAAGAAAAAGAAAAGGAGUUCCUGGCCAAGGAAAGGAAAAUCUUCCUACGAGUUCUACUUCAGGAAUACGGAGAAGCCCUGCAGCCUCUGUUCCUAUUCCAGUUGGUUCGGGUUCUACUGUGCCAUUGACAUCUGUUUUCCAUAGAGUUUACCAGAACAUCGAAUCCUCACAAUCAGCUACCACUCAUAAUGCAUUGAAUGUUGCACACGGUCCUAACUUGGCGUCACCUCAGACACCAGCUACUGCUCCAGUCCGUCUGUUUGGGGUGGAUUUGACUCUAAACCAACCAUCAAGUUCAUCAUUUCAAAGAAGUUGUUUGACUAAUGCUAAUUUGUCAAUCACUCCAAAUUCUCAAAUUACAAAUCCUGUGAACCAGAAAUCAAAGAGAAAAAGAAAGCCACCACGCUCUGUUUUGAAUGAUAUUACCAAUAUUUCACAUUCAUUUUCGAAUGGAAACGAAGAAAUACCAACAAACAUAGAUGGUGAUAUGGAAGAUGAUGACGAAAUGCUUACAGAGGAUUUUGUUGGAGAUAUCUCUGAUGUUGAAUGUGAGCUUGAUUUCGAUUGUAGUUCUCAAGAAAGUUCAGACUUUGAAAAUGAAGCAGAUAUACUAGAGGUUCAUGCUACACCUGACACUGAUCCAUAUCGUCCACCACCAUUUUCUAUGAAAUCUGUUUUGGAACGAAGCCAAAAACGUUCAAAGAGCUCAUCUAAGGUUCUAACUAAACCAAAAGAAGAAGAAUAUCUUGAUGAGGGGGAUCCUGAUCACUCAUAUCAUCAUUGUGGUGCAAUCUUCUGGUAUGGUGAAAGGUUAAAUAGACGUAGAAAUACAUCUACACCUACAUUUUCACUAUGUUGUUUGCAAGGUCAAGUUCAGUUGCCAUUACUUAAAGAACCACCAAAGGUGCUAAAAGAUCUGAUCGAAGGGGAUGACAAAUUAAGCAAGCAUUUCCAAAACAAUUUGAGGGCUUACAACAUGGCUUUCUCAUUCACUUCACUUGGGGGAAAAGUUGAAAGAUCAGUUCAACAGGGCAAAGGGCCUUCUAUGUUUCAGCUUCAAGGGGAAAAUUAUCAUCUAAUGGGAAGUGUACAGCCAAGUGAUGGAAGUGAUGCGAAGUUUGGUCAGUUAUAUAUAGUGGACACCGAAAAUGAAAUUGAAAACAUGGCUAACUGUCUCAGCAAAGGGAAAGCCAAGUUCAAAGCCAAAAAGAAAGACAGGCUGAAGGAUGAGAUUAUUGACAUUUUGGUGAAGAUGUUAAACGAAGUUAAUCCUUAUGUGAAGCAGUUCAGAUCAGCUAAAGAUAGAUUUAGGACAGAUCCUGAUGAUGCGUUUCAUAUGCAAAUUGUGAGUAACCGCUUACAGGAUGGAAGAACUUAUAAUACUCCGACUGCUACUGAAGUUGCUGCACUCAUACCUGGUGAUUUUAAUCUAGAUAUGGAUAACAGGGAUAUUGUUCUUCAACAACAAUCUGGUAAGCUUAAACGGAUUAACGAGAUCCAUGCUUCUUAUCUAGCUAUGCAGUACCCUCUACUGUUUACUUAUGGAGAAGAUGGUUUCAGACUGGGUAUUAAGAAAGGUGUGACAACAGCAUCAAAGAAACUUAAGAAGCCUAAUAUCAGUAUGAGACAGUUCUUUGCUUUUAGACUCCAUGAACGUAAGGGUGAGUCGCAUUGUCUCCUACAUAGUAGACGACUCUUCCAGCAAUUCAUUGUUGAUGCCUUCACAACCAUUGAAUCAAACCGCUUGCGCUAUCUAAAGUUUAACCAGUCUAUUAUGCGGUCUGAUAGUUAUGAUUCUAUAAAAGAGUCUGAGAAUGCUGCUGAUAUGCAUGAGCAAGGAUCAGAGUUCAUAUUGCCAGCUUCUUUUGUUGGGAGUCCUAGAUAUAUGAAAAACAACUACUUGGAUGCUAUGACUAUAUGUAAGCAUUUUGGAUUUCCAGAUCUCUUCAUUACUUUUACAUGUAAUCCUAAAUGGCCAGAGAUCACAAGGUAUCUGAAGAAAAGGAAGUUAAAAGCUGAGGAUAGACCAGACAUUAUUUGUAGGCUUUUCAAGAUGAAACUUGAUUCAUUGAUGGACGAUUUAACCAGAAAGAAUAUGCUAGGGAAGACUGUCGCAUCAAUGUAUACUAUCGAGUUUCAAAAACGUGGCCUACCCCAUGCUCACAUACUCUUAUUUCUUCACCCCACAUCCAAGCUACCCACUACAGACGACAUUGACAAGAUUAUAUCUGCAGAAAUACCGGACAAGGUUGAAGAGCCAGAACUCUAUGAUGUGAUUAAAGAUAUGAUGAUUCAUGGUCCUUGUGGAGCUGCUAAUAUGAAUUCUCCAUUUAUGGAGAAUGGAUUGUGUUCAAAGUCGUUCCCCAAAGCAUUUGCUGCGAACACCACAGUCAAUAAGGAAGGGUUUCCUUUUUACAGAAGGCGUGAGAAAUCAGACAGUUUUGUAGAGAAGAAUGGGUUUAAGUGUGAUAACCGGUAUGUUAUUCCGUAUAACAAGAAGCUGUCUCUACGUUAUAGAGCUCACAUUAAUGUGGAGUGGUGCAAUCAAGCUAGUUCUAUUAAGUACUUUUUUAAGUACAUUAAUAAAGGAAAGGAUCGGGUUACAGUUGCUGUUGAACCUCCUGCUCACAUCGUUGACAGUAUGUUGGCAAGUGAAGGAAAUGUAGCUACCGAACCUCCUACCAGUACAAAUAGGAAUGUGACUUCUAAUGUGGAGGGAAAUGUUGUUGAUGGCACUGAAGGAAGUCUAGAGAAAAAGAAGAAUGAAAUAAAUGACUUUUUGAUUGCAGAUAUGUCUCUGCUUAUAGUAAUCUUCAAGGGGAAAGACAAAAUCAAAACUGUUGUCACCAGAAAACUCAUCGAGAAUACCAUGUUCCUCGCCUGGUUAGAGUUGAAUAAGAUUGAUGAUCUUGCGAAAACUCUAACCUAUGCUCAAAUACCAAACUUCUUCACAUAUAACAAGAAGUGGAUUAGGCGAAAAAGAGGUUUUAGCAUUGGUAGGAUUAACUAUGCUCCGCGGAAACAAGAAGAUGCUUACUUUUUGCGUGUGUUGUUGAACGUUGUUAAAUGGCCAACCUGUUACGAAGACUUCAAAACUUAUGAAGGUGUUCUUUACCCUAGCUACAAGCUGGCAUGUUUUGCUCGUGGGUUACUAGAUGAUGAUCAGGAGUACAUUGAUGAUAUCUUAAGGAGAAGUUAUGAGAGCACAUCAAUUGAACUGCGCCAAAUUUUUGUUAUGAUGCUGAUGAAUGACAGUUUGUCUAUGCCAGAGUAUGUGUGGGAACGUACAUGGGAGUGUCUUUCAGAGGAUAUCGAGUAUAAUCGCCGAAAUUUUUUCAAACGUCCAGAGAUUGACAAUCUUUUGAAGCGUAAUGGUACUUAUCUUGCCAAAUUCGAAACCAUGCCAAAACUGCCUGAGACAAGCCGCCAUGAUUCAAAUGUCUUGAUCCUAGAUGAGGGGAACUAUUCACGUGAAUCAUUGCUACAAACUGUUGAAGAAGACAGCCGCAAAAUGACUGAUGAGCAGAAUAAGGUUUAUGAGGAGAUCCUUUCGGCUGUAUAUGAGGGAACAGGUGGUAUGUUCUUUGUUGAUGGAUUUGGUGGUACUGGUAAAACAUUCCUCUGGAAAUUAUUGUCUGCAAGUAUUAGAAGUCGAGGUGAUAUUGUUUUAAAUGUGGCAUCAAGUGGGAUUGCUUCAUUGUUGUUGCAAGGUGGUAGGACUGCUCAUUCAAGAUUUGGGAUUCCAUUAAAUCCAGAUGAGUUUUCUUCGUGUACUAUGUCGCAUGGAUCUGAUCAGGCUAAUUUAGUGAAGGAGGCAUCACUCAUUAUAUGGGACGAAGCUCCAAUGAUGAGCAAGUUUUGCUUUAAAGCACUGGAUAGAAGCUUGGCUGACAUAAUGGGAAACAAUAGCGACAGUCCUUUUGGUGGAAAAGUCAUUGUUUUUGGUGGUGAUUUUAGACAGGUUCUCCCUGUAAUUAAUGGAGCUGCAAGAGCAGAAAUUGUGUUGGCAGCACUCAAUAGAUCAUAUCUCUGGGAACACUGCAAAGUGCUUAAACUGACCAAGAAUAUACGAUUGUUAACAUGUUGCUUGUCUGUUGAAGAUGCAAAAGAUCUAAAAGAGUUUUCUGAGUGGAUUCUGAAAAUAGGGGAUGGUAAAGUUAAUGAGCCUAAUGACGGGGAAGCAGAGAUUGAAAUACCUAGAGAGUUUUUGAUUACUGACGCAGACGAACCUAUAGAAGCAAUCAGCAAAGCUGUCUACGGUGAUUCUGUUUCACUUCAAGAGAACAAAGAUCCUAAGUUUUUUCAACAAAGAGCAAUUCUAUGUCCAACAAAUGAGGAUGUUAAUAUGAUCAACGAGUACAUGUUGGAUAGACUUCCUGGUGAAGAAAAGAUCUAUAUUAGCGCAGAUAGUAUAGAUCCAUCAGAUAAGAUUUCUGCAAACAAUGAAGCAUUGGGUCCCGAUUUCCUUAACACUAUCAAGGUUUCUGGUUUGCCUAACCAUAGCCUGAGACUCAAGGUUGGGUGUCCUGUGAUGGUUUUAAGAAACAUUGAUCCGUCUGCUGGUUUAAUGAAUGGAACAAGACUUCAGAUCACCCAGCUAAUGGAUUUGAUGGUUAAAGCAAAGAUUAUUACUGGAGAAAAGGUGGGCCAUACAGUUGAUAUUCCUAGGUUGUUAAUCACACCAUCAGAUACUAGAUUGCCAUUUAAGAUGCGCAGAAGGCAAUUACCUUUGGCUGUAGCAUUUGCAAUUACUAUAAAUAAAAGUCAAGGUCAAUCAUUGUCUGAAGUGGGUAUCUUUCUACCGAGACAUGUGUUUUCACAUGGGCAGCUCUAUGUUGGUGUUUCAAGGGUUACAUCUAAAAAAGGAUUGAAGUUAUUGAUUGUUGGCAAAGAUGGCAAACCUCAGACGAAAACUAUGAAUGUUGUGUUCAAAGAGAUUUUCAACAAUCUCUGA